AUGUACAACACAUAUCUUGACUCAUUCCAUAAUCUCCAGGCCAAAUCGAACACGUUCCAGAAACGUCUCGAUGACCAGCGUGCUGAAGAUGGUACCCUAUUCAGUGAAGCUGCCGCUUUACUAGACAAGGCCAAUGACGCCGCCUUUGAGGGACUUGAGACCUUAGUCGUCCAACUCCUACAGAUAGCAGAUGGCGAUUCGCCUGUCGGUAAAGACGCUGUACCGCAGCUCCCCAUUGCUAUCGAGCUCUUCCACAAGCUGGCUGAGUCCUGCGAAGGUUCCGUUGACCGUAUCGGUCAGGAGUUCAUAGAUACGACUCAGUACGGCGGGGAAAAUAAGCAGCUCCAAGAUGAUAUCCAGGCACUCCUCAACAAAAUCAGUGGGGAGGUCCUUGGCGCACAAAGCGCGCUCCAAAGGGCCGAAGACAGGCUCAGGAGCUGCUCCGAGAGUGUCGCGAUUGCUGAAAGCAAUUUGAGGGAUGCGAGAGAUAAGAAAGAUGGCUGGUACGACGUAUCCUCUUUUUUUGGCGGGGGCGGAGAUAUCGAUCACCAAGUUCGGGUGAACGAGCAAAACGUCAAUACGUGCCAACGAAAUUGGGAAGAUGCCAAUAGGGGAAAGAAUGACUGCUGGAAUAACCUUUCCAAUUUGCAGAGCUUGACCCCAAGGGUACAGGAGCUUACAAGGCUCUUGGAUGAUCUCUUCUGGCAGAUGAAUUUUGAAUAUGAGAAGAUCGUCAAGGACAGAAAGAUCAUCGAACGGACUUGGGUGGCGACUAGGGCGCUUGACUACCACGUCAGCACCAACGAUGUCGACACCUCCCGUGAUGACAUUCUACGUCAUGUGGUUCAGUUGAUUCACAUGAGAGUGGAACAGGUGGAUGAGGAUCCGGAUGUCCAGCGGUUCAAAAAAAACAUUGAGAGACGGAUGCGCGAAGCACUGGGUGAGGCUCAUGUCAAAGAGCUCCACCAGGAAAGGAAAUUCCUCCCCAUGGAAGAUGCCGACUUUUAG